AUGGUGCUAUUCUACGACCUCUCCGCCAGCCACCACCCCCCCAACGACAGCAGCACCACCACCACCACUCGCAGCACAGUGGCCUGCGAGGAACGGCUCAACAGGGAGCACCCGCUGUCGCGGCUGCUGGCGGCGUACCCGUUCCUGGCGGGGAUGGCGCAGUGGCUGGACCACACGGAUCUCGAGAACCUGAGCGCGGCGUGCUGGCAGUUCCGCGAGAACAUGGGGCAGUACCGGCGGGGGCUGUUGCGCGCGAGCUUGAGGUGCUGCAAUGAUGGGGCGGGCGCGGUGGGGGGUGAGGAGGGGGGCGAGGGAAGGGAGAGGGGGGCGCAUGAGUGGAGUAGGUUUAGGGGUGGGAGUAGGUGUGUGAGGGAUAUGGUGGCGGGGUGUAGGGGGUGUGGGAGGCCGUAUUGUAGGAACUGCGUCCACAAGCCCUCAAAAGCAACACUCGACUGCCGCUCCGUGCCCCCCUGCCUGUCCUGCGGCGCCCGCCCGCCGCACCCCACCACGCCCCCGCCCUGCACGUGCGACAGCACAACGUGGAUCUGCCAGGGCUGCGUCGACGCCCGCUGGUACGUCGGCGGCCGCCUGUGCCUGCUGUGCCACGAGAACCCGACGAGGGAGCUGUAUCGCUGGGAUUUGGUUGGGAAAUGGGCGAGGACGGUGUGUACGUGGUGUGAUGGCAUGGUGUGGAGCGCGAAGGAUAUCAAGGAUAUGGAGGACAUGGAGGUGCUGGGGACGCUGGAGGGGCUCGCUGUCUCUACUGGCGCUACAACAGCGGGCGAAGAAGAAGGCAUAGAUACUUCUCUUGCGUUCUCUUUAUAA